AUGUUCUUUACAUUUAUAAUAUUCUUGCUUAUUAUUGAUUAUUCUUUUGAACAAAAAUGUAAUCGUGAACGAAUACAUACAUGGAAUGCUGAACAAAGAUUAAUAUGUGAUUUACUUGAUAAUUAUCAAGUUAAAUGGGGUCGACCUGUAAGAAAUAUGACAGAAGGUGUUGAAGUACGAUUUGGUUUACAACUUAUUCAUAUAAGUGAUCUCGAUGAAAAAAAUCAAGUAUUAAUUACAAAUCAAUGGCAAAUUUAUGAAUGGGAUGAUGAAGCAUUGACAUGGGAUCCAGAAGAUUAUGAUGAUCUCGUAGAUAUACGUUUACCUAUAAAACGCAUUUGGCAACCAGAUGUGACAUUAUAUAACUAUGCUGAUACACGUCUUGAAGAAAAACGUGAAGUAUUAGCAACAGUUUAUCAUAAUGGAACUGUUUUUUGGAAACCUAUGUCAAUAUUUAAAUCUACAUGUCAAAUUGAUAUUCGACGUUUUCCAUAUGAUAGUCAAAAAUGUUCAAUGAAAUUUGGUUCAUGGACAUAUGAUAGUUCAAAAGUAAAUUUACGUUUUUAUCGUGAUAUACAAAAAUUUGAUCUUAAUUCAUAUGUUAAAUCAAAUGAAUGGUCAAUUGUUGGUAAUAGUGCAUCACGUAAUACAGAAAAAUAUGAUUGUUGUCCAGAAAUAUAUGUUGAUUUAAAAUUUCAUAUUCAACUUGAACGACGUGGUGGAUUUUAUAAUUAUAUUUUAAUAUUACCAUGUGUACUUUUAUCAUGUCUUACAUGUAUUCUUUUUUGGUUACCACCGGAAAGUCCAUCAAAAUUAGUUCUUGGUGCUUAUUAUUGUUUAAAUAUGGGAAUGAUUGCUACAUCAACAUUUUUAUGUACAAUAGUUGUACAUAUUUAUUUUCGAGGCGCUGGACCAAUGCCAACAAUUUUAAGAAGAGUUUUUCUUGAAUUUCUUGCACCAUUUUUUUGUAUGGUACCACAUACAAAUACAUAUCAACAACAUGCUGUAAAUGGUUUAAUGCCACCAAUAAAAGCUACAUGUGAUGGUGAUAAAUUUGAAAAAUUUGAAUUACUUAAAGAACGUUUUAAAUCAUUUGGUGAUAAACGUCAAAUAUCAUCAACACAUGAUGAUACAUUAGAAGUUUUAGAUAUGAUGAAUGAUCAUAGUCAACAACAACAACAUCAUCAUCAUCAUCAUUUUCAACAAAAUCAAGAACCUUCAUUAACACAACAAAUUCAACAACAAAUAUCAGCAUCAAUUACAUUUAUGACUGUUGAAACGGAUUUAAAAGAAAUACGAGAUUUUUUACGUACAACAAGAAAACGUAUGGAAGAUAAAGAAGCUAAAACAAAAACAGUUAAUGAUUGGAAACAAGUUGCACUUGUACUUGAUCGAACAUUUUUUUUUAUUUAUUUUAUAGCUAUUAUUGUAUCUCUUGCUGUUAUGUUUCCACGAUAA